GACACCACUGCCCUCCAGCCUGGACAACAGAGUGAGACCCUGUCUCAAAAAAAAAAAAAAAAAGAGGAAGAACAUAACGUCCCUGUCCUAACCCUGGAACCUAUGACUGUGACCUCAUUUGGCUAGAGUCUUUGUAGAUGUUCGUGGGGUUUUUUGGUGGGUUUUUUGUUUUUGGUAGAUGUUAUUAAGUUAAGGAUCUGAGAUGAGCAAAUCAUCCCAGAUUACCUGUAAAUCCAAUGACAAGCGUCCUCAGAAGAGACGGAAGAGAAGACCCGUGUAGAAGGCCACACAAAGAUGGAGGCAGAGAUUGGGGUGAUGUGGCCACAGCCCAGCAGUGCCUGGAGCCACCAGGCGCUAGAAGAGGCAUGGAACGAUCUUCCUCUAGAGGCUGAGCGGCAGUGUGGACCUACCGACACCUUGAUUGUGGGCUUCUGCCCUCCAGAACUGCGAGACAAUAAACGUCUGUGUUGAGACACUGGGUUUGUGGUUAUCUGUUUGGCAGCUGCAGGAAGCUAAUGCGGGAGCUUGAGCAAGGUCUGGUCCCCUCUGCGUCUGCUCUGUUCUGGGAGGAAGCUGUUGAGGUUUGUGCAUCCUGCCGGGAGGCCUCCAAGGUGCAGGCCCUGCCUGCAGAGGGGCGGGAGGCCUGGGGUCCUGCCCUGACUCCACCCUGGCACUUCUGUGAGACCUUGCCUGCGUCCCUUGGCCUCUUGGGCCCUCUGUGUGUCCCCAUCAGAACAUCUGAAUCUGCAAGAGCCCAGCUCGGGCCUCUGGGAGCCGCUCAGUCAGCACCCAGCCUGGAGGUGGGCUCAGUGGGGACCCGGGCUGACCACUCCCAUGACUCUGUUUUGUUGAGUCAUGGUCGGCCAGUGCUGAACUCGGGAACCCAGAGAGAGCCAGAGGGGCCUCUCCCCAGUGUGGGGGCAGCUGGGGCUACAGGCCACGACCAGGUGACGGGCAGCAGGUUGGGAGCCUUUUCUAGGCACAAGGGCCUGGCCAGCAGGGGUCUGGUCCAGCCUUGGGCCCUCUGUCUCCACUGCCAUGAACUUGUCUUCAGCCCUCACUUCCAUUCUGGCAACGGGCUGGAGCAGCAGAGCGACCGCUAACUGGGAAUGUCCCCCGCUACAGGGCGGGAAGGGGCGAGCUGCAGGCAGGAGAAAGCAGCAGAGACGUGCCAGGCUCAGCUGACAGCCCCGGACUUGGGCUGCAGCUGCGAGGCCCACCCAGGGGCCCAGGAGCAUGCUUUGGGCCUGAGGUCACACGGGUAUUGGGCUCUGGCCAGCUUGGCCCCAGACACAGUUUCUAUUCCUGGUUCUUGGGCUCCAACACCAAAUAUGGCGCGGCCCGAGUCUGGCACCCCCACCUGUGGUCUGGCGUGGUUUGGGUGGCACAUCCUGCCCCUCACUGGGCCCAGACCCCACCCCACCCCACCCCACGGCAGCUCACCCCAGCGCUACGGGCCCCUGAAGCAGCCAGGGGCUCGCCCCACAGCUGACCAGCCGUCCAACUGUCCACGCGUCAGUGUGGUCCACAUUGGGUUAAAGAUACUCAGGACCAAAAUAGCCCCUGUCCCUGCAGGAGAAAGACAGGGCAGGGGACACAGACUCUUGGUUACAUCACAGCUCUGUGCUGCGGACCCUGCUGCAGAUCCCAGGCAGCCUCCAGCUGUGACCCCAGCUUCUCUCUGGCUCAGUGACCUGCUCGUUCAUCGACUCCCCUCACGGGUCACUUCCUGACUCGCUCACUUGUGGACUCGUUCCUGCCUCGCGGAUCAUUCGCUGGCUCACUCGGUCACUACGUAUCCACCACGUACCGAGAGCCGGGCGCUGUUCUGCGGUUCCAGAUGCUGAACAAAACAAAACUCACAAAACAUACCUAUCCUUACGGGAUUUUCCAAGCAGAUAACCCAAACGAUGGGUAAAAUGUGCAGUAAGAAUUGGUGCUGGGGAGAGGACCCUGGAGAGGGGCAAGAAGGGAUGGAGGGGUUGAAAAUCUGUGGGGACCGGGGAAGGCCCCAGUGGGAAGGUGAUUUUGAGUGAAGACCUGAGGGAGGGACAUGCCCAGGGGCAGCGUGAGGUCCGGGAAAGAGCCAGGAGGCAGGUGUGGCCGGGACAGAGGCAGCGGGGAGAGGUGUGGGACACAGGGUCAGGGUGUGCGGGACACUCCAGGCCUGGGACCUGGGCCUCCACCAUCACUCAGUGUCUGAGCAGAGGAGUGAUGUGGGUGACUUGUGUUUUUAAAGUGUCCCCCUGGCUGCGGAGCGGGCAGCCAGCGCGUGGGCUGGCCGUGGACGGUUGCUGUGUUCCCGCUGGGUGUGCUCCGCUGGGCACCGGAGAGACGGUGCAGACCCGCACGGGACACUUGCGCCCGCAGUGCUUGCGGAGGUCCAGAGCUGCCGCCGCCUCCAUCUGACUCUCUCUCCUCUUACCCCUGGCACUAGACCAAGUGCCACUUCCCCCAGGAAGCCACCGGGGAGUCCUCGUGGAUGGUAUUGUCCUUGUCUGCUUCCAGAUGGCCCCCACCAGCCUGAGCGUUCCUCCCCUGGCCGGUGCAGGGCCCACCGUUCCUGAGGGUUCCCUGAGGGGCCGAGUGAGUGAAUGAGUCAGUGAACAAGUGAGCCCAGGCCCGGCCAGCCUGUGUGGCCAGAGGGACGAGGCCCCUGAGAGCCAGCGGCCCGCCUCACUCUUUCUUCUCGCCGUCUUUUGCAGAUGGAUCUGCCGGCGCUGCCAGCGGGGGGACGGGCCGUGUUCACGCUGGCGGAGAAGUCUGGCUGCUGAGCCAGCACGUGUCUCCAGGAGGCCUGCGGUCCCUGCCUGUCUCCAGGGGGUCCCAUCCUGUCCGCGAUGGGCGGCCCGGGCUGGUCGGUUGCUGUCUUCAGUGUUCCCUGCCCUUGCCCCAGGGAGGGGCCCGGCCCCAUUGCUGGAGCCCCAGGCUCCUGGCACCGCCCUCGGGCUGUGGAUGAGACUGCGAGGGGGUUGACCCCUGCUCCCCUUAGCCGCACCCAGGCCCUCAACCUUUCUGUCCAAGUUUCCAGGCCCCUAAAAUAGAAAUGAUGCAGCUGCCCCUGGGAGAGCUGAGGGCGGAGUGGGUGUGACAUGUAGAAGGCACUGAGUGAGUGGCGGCAGGAUCACUAUUAAUAGCUCAGGUCAAGGUGCCCUGAGAUCCUCCCGCCCACCAGGUGCAUUGGCAGUGCCCUUGCUCCAGGCAGGGUGGCGCGGUGGUGAGAGCAGAGACCCGAGCCGGGUGGCCUGAGUUCUCACCCCUGCCUUGACACUUGCUGUGGGACUCUGCACGAGGCACGGAACUUCUCUGGGCCUGCGUUUGCUUGUUGGUAGGGCGGGGCAUGGUGAUCGCCACCCCACAGAGGGGGGGGGUUAACAAGUUCACGUGUGUGAAAUUCUUAGAGAGUCACCUGGCACGUACAGGAUGGACGGCCAGUGCUUACUGCACCUGUGAAACUGUAACCCCUGGUGGGUUCCAGUGUUCCUGUCCUGCAGGCGGGAAGGCUGAGGCGCAGAGAGCUUUGUGGCCUGCCCCAGGUCACACAGCCCCACACCCAGGAGCACGGCCCACGCCUCUCCUGUUCCCCCAGCCACUCGGGGGUGGGGGGCACCUGGGUGUGUUCCUGGUUACUGGCCAAGUGGACAUCGCCGGGCGAGAGUGAGGGUCCGGGGGCAAUAGUACUGGUCAGGUCAUGCACUGCAGCAUAACCUCCCUGUCCCUUUUCCACUCCAGACCUGUGUCUACACAGCCCAGAGCCCAGGCUGGGGCCGCCGGGGGGCCAAGCAACCCUGUCACCUCUGGGGAAAGGGCUUUGGGAUGCAGCCACAUCCCACAUGCCUGGAGCGAGCAUCCUGUUAUGCAUGGCUAUCUGUGCCAGCCCUAGCGAGCCAGCGCCCAGGCCUGCCAGAGCCCUGGGCUUCAAGCUGGCAGUCAUCAAGGCUGCUUAGCAGUCUGCCUUCGGAUGAACCCAGGCCUGGUUCGUGGAGCUGAGGGGUGCAUGAGCUGGGCCUCAAAUCCCAGGCUGCCAGCCCCAACAGGUGGAGGGGCCGGGCCUCGCCAGGGAGAAUGCCCUAUGUACCACGUGGCAAAGCCUUCGCUUCUGACAGUCCUUUGGGAGCUCACAGGUGUGCUUCAGAGGGCAAGAGUGUCCCUGCUCAGACCUCAGUCCAUGGCCAUUGUGCCCCCGUUUUACAGACCAGCCAGUUCCCGCUGGAGGCUCCUGGUGAGAUCUGGAAGACCAUGUUCAAGGCCCCCGAUCUCCUGCUGUGGCUGCUGCAGGGCGCCCCGAGGCAGCGGGUCUGCACCCUGUUCAUCAUCGGCUUCAAGUUCACGUUUUUUGUCUCCAUCAUGAUCUACUGGCACAUUGUGGGAGAGCCCAAGGACCAAGGGCAACUCUAUAACCUGCCUGUAGACAUCCCCUGCCCCGCCUUGGCACCCCCCACCCCACCCUCCAGCACGUCCGCUCCAGGCAACAUCUUUUUCCUAGAGACUUCGGACCGGACCAACCCCAACUUUCUGUUCAUGUGCUCAGUGGAGUCGGCCGCCAGGACUCACCCUGAGUCCCAGGUGACAGUCCUCAUGAAGGGGCUGCCCGGCGGCAACGCCUCCCUGCCCCGGCACCUGGGCCUCUCACUUCUGGGCUGCUUCCCUAACGUCCAGAUGCUCCCGCUGGACCUGGAGGAGCUGUUCUGGGACACACCGCUGGCGGCCUGGUACGCGGCCGCACGGGCGCGGUGGGAGCCCUACCUGCUGCCUGUGCUCUCGGACGCCUGCCGGAUCGCACUCAUGUGGAAGUUCGGGGGCAUCUACCUGGACACUGACUUCAUCGUCCUCAAGAGCCUGAGGAACCUGACCAACGUGCUGGGCACCCAGUCCCGCUAUGUCCUCAACGGUGCCUUCCUGGCCUUCGAGCGCCGGCACGCAUUCAUGGCGCUGUGCAUGCGGGACUUCGUGGCCCGCUACAACGGCUGGAUCUGGGGCCACCAGGGCCCGCAGCUGCUCACACGCGUCUUCAAGAAGUGGUGCUCGGUCCGCAGCCUGAGUGAGAGCCGCUCCUGCCGCGGCGUCACCACCCUGCCCCCCGAGGCCUUCUACCCCAUCCCCUGGCAGAACUGGAAGAAGUACUUUGAGGACAUCAGCCCCGAGGAGCUGGCCCGGCUGCUCAACGCCACCUACGCCGUGCACGUGUGGAACAAGAAGAGCCAGGGCACGCGCUUCGAGGCCACGUCCAGGGUGCUGCUGGCCCAGCUCCACGCCCGCUACUGCCCCACGACCCACGAGGCCAUGAAGAUGUACCUGUGAGGGGCUCACCAGGCCCCCGCCCCAUGCACUCCUGAUGGAAAGGGGUGCUCGGCCUCCUUCCCUUUGGGGCGAGGUGGCAGGGCCUGGGACAGGGAGGUGUGAGCUGGGGCCGCUGGCCCGGCCAGGCUGUUGAGUUGCUGCUGGAGCACCACAGCAGGCCCUGGGGACAGCCCUUUCAAGCCGGGGAGGCUGUGGAACACCCGUGGGCCAGUGCCCUGUCUCGGGCCAGUGCCCACAAGUAGCUCCAGAGCCAGCUGGAGUGAGCUCGGUGAGUGUCCCAGGCCUUCUAGAUGACAGGCAAGAGUGGACCCAGAGCACCUCCCCAUGGUGCACCAGGUGAAGCCAGGCCCUGGGGCGGAGGUGCCACUGAGGGGAGCUUGGAGCAGCCCGUGCAAAGGAGACAGGAGGGAGGGGAGGAGGCAGCUGGUGGGAGGGCGGCACAAACCCAGCCCCAGGGCCCAGGGGUAGGCAGGUUUUCGGAGGGGGUGGGCAGGGGCAGAGGCGGCCAGAGCUGGCUGGGAGCUCUUUGCAGGGAGUCCCCUCCUGCCCCGCCCCCCGUCCUUUCUGCUUUCCAGAGAUGCUGCAAGAGGGACACGGGUCGGCUGCCCACCCCCGUGGGCGUGGGGACAUGGAGGCUCUUUUGGCUCAGGAGAAGCAUUUUAAAGACCUCACCCAUUAUAAACAUAUGAGAAUAAUAAAUAUGAUAAAAGUGA